GACGGAGUCCUAUGUAGUAGAUAAGGUGAUAACCCGUGCAAAAUGAGCGGAACGAUACCAAACCUUAUCAUAUUAACAUGUAAACGGUAUUCGUAACUUACUCGUCUCACUCUAUAUAUUUUUCAAUUGUACACAAAACAAACAGGAGAUAAUAUUAAUUAGUGAUUAAUAUAACUCAGGUCCACUGGAGUGGUUUGUCUAUUUUAAUAUUACACACACCGACCGCAGUUUUGAGACCAGGCCUAACGUAAUCGUCGAUGGUGGUCAGUCAACAUUCUAUACAAUUUUACCUAUAAAAUUCUAAGAUAUAAGUAAGUUUAGCAGCAUUCGAUUUGGAGUUAUUCGCUUUCGAGCAAUGCGCCUUGAAACUGCCACGGCGUGGCUUCUUUGGCUUUGGCUACUGUCCACGUUCGUCUGCAAAUGUUCGGCAGCAGUAAAGGUAGGCGAUGGAGGCCUACUCCUGACACCCCUAAUACGGGCUGGUCGAAUCGACGAGGCUCGGGCUGCGUGCAAUGUAACGCCCCUGAAGGGGGCCAUCGAGAGCUACUCCGGUUACCUGACCGUAGACGAGGCACACGGUUCCAACUUGUUUUUCUGGUUCUUCCCCGCCGCGAGCGGAAAAGCAUAUGCGCCUGUUCUGCUGUGGCUACAAGGAGGCCCGGGCGCGUCAUGCCUGCUCGGUGUGUUCAAUCUGAAUGGCCCGUUCUCGGUGUGUAAGUGUUGUGGAGGUGAUCUCAAGUUGCGCGAGCGUGACUACGCGUGGACGAGUACGCACUCGGUGCUGUACGUGGAUAACCCGGUGGGAACAGGCUUCAGCUACACCGGUGACGAUUUCGGUUACAGUACCAACCAAACAGACGUCGCCCGGAACAUGUACUCUGCCCUGGUGCAGUUCUUCGAGCUGUUCCCCGAGUACCAGCGCAACGAUUUCUAUGUUACUGGUGAAUCGUUCGCCGGCCACUACGCGCCUUCCGUGUCGUACGCUAUUCACCAGAACAACCCUGGAGCCAAGGUCAAGAUCAACCUCAAAGGGCUAGCUAUCGGCAACGGUCUGGUCGACCCUCUCAGCCAACUUUUCUACAGCGAGUACCUGUACCAACUUGGGUUCAUUGACGAAUACGGAAAGCACAGAUUCGAACAAAUUGAUAACGUUAUUCGCUCUCAGAUCCUCGGCGGCGACUACGAGGGCGCAUUCCGGACGUACGACGAGAUGUUGAACGGCAUAUUCUAUCCGUACCCGACGCUGUUCCAGAACUUGACCGGCAUGCAAUACUACUACAACUUGCUGUUGGACCGGAAACCGCCGUCGGAAGACGAUUGGGUGCAGUUCGUGGAAAAACCAUCAUUGCGUGCCGCGUUACACGUGGGCCAACGGCCGGUUAAAUUUCUAAACAAGGUGGUCUAUCGACACAUGCUUGGCGACGUGAUGCGGUCGGUGGCCCCGUGGUUGGCCGCCUUAUUGGAUGCUGGACGCUAUCGGGUUCUGUUGUACAGCGGGCAGUUUGACAUCAAGUACCAUUACAGGGGCAUCAUGCGCAUGGCCCGGUCGCUCGAGUGGUCGGGAGCCGAUCGAUUCCGCAACGCAGCGGUGCGCACCAUUUGGCGAGUUCGUAAACAGAAGAAUCGACGCGAUGACGGUAACGAGACCUCCUUGGCUGGUUACGCGACCGCUUCCGGUCCGCUAACCGUUGUGUUGGUCAGGGAUGCCGGUCACAUGGUGCCAGCCGAUCAGCCGAUGAUUGCUCUCGACCUCAUCAACCGGUUCACGACUGGCAAAACGUUUUGACCAACAAGAAUCGGUCAGCAUCUUUAGCGACAUUAUUUUAUUACAGUUGAGUUGUUGUCAUAUGCUUUAUGCACUCACAAGCCCUUGAAUCAUAUCUAACAACCUAAGCAUAGGUCCUGGGAAUUCAAUUCGGACCUGAGAUAGAGGGUGGUAGUAUAAAUGAUAACUAUAUGAUAUAAAAUUAUAAAAUAUAUAUUGUCACUUAAUAACUAUCAUGAUUCAUGUACAAUUUGUGUAACUAGUUUUCCCAAAUUUUUUCGAGGAACCAAAAACUGUUUUUUUUUUAAGAAUUCUGAAAAGUAGUGUAUUUCUGAACAACUAUUCAUUUUUUACUGCGUGUGUGCAUUGGUUCAUCAGACACCCAAUUAAGCGCUUUCAAGAUUUUUAAUGUUGGUAAUGUAGGCAGGGCCGGACCAUGAGUAUAAUAUCUAUGGUUAUGAUACAGCCAAUAUUAAAUAUUGUACCGUAAAUAAAUACGAUAUAAUUAGUGCCUUAAAAAUACAUAAUUAUAUUUAUAAGCUACAGUCUAGUCUUGAUAAUUUAGAUUUAAAAUCUCGAUAACUGCAUUUUUUUCUUGAUCCUUGAAUAUUUCUUUAAAUUCAAUGCUGCAUAUUUAAUAAAAUGUGAACAUCGUCCUUAACACAAUAUGGAUGAUAUCAGUUUAGUAGUGGUCCAACAAUAUUUGAAGUUUUUUAUUUUAACUGUCCUAAUUUCAUGUGUAUUUGUAAUUUAUUAUUGUAUGUAGUUAAG